AUGUCUGCGGCAUCCACGUCAGGCGACGCCGUCGCCCAAGAUGGGCCCGACGUUGCGCCCAUUCGCAGCAUCCUUGAUACCGACCUCUACAAGCUCACCAUGCAACAAGCCGUCCUUCGGCACUACCCUUCCACUCGCGUAGCCUACAAAUUCACCAACCGUUCCGCUUCGACCAUGAAAUUCACACGAUCCGCCGUCGACCUCAUCCGCCGUCACGUCGACAACCUCGUCCACCUCUCGCUCACUUCCGAUGAACGCAGUUGGCUCGAGAAGACAUGUCCGUACCUGCGCCCGGACUAUCUCGAUUACCUGGAGGCGUUCCGCUUCCAACCGUCUACGCAGGUGCAAGUGAAUUUUGUGCCAACAGGGGAUGGGGAGUGGGGGGAUCUGAGCUUGAAGGUCUCGGGAGUGUGGUCGGAUGUGAUCUUUUACGAGGUGCCGUUGAUGGCGAUCGUAUCCGAGGUGUACUUCAGCACUGUCGACACAAACUGGUCUUUGGAAGGGCAACAUCAGCAGGCGUUUGGCAAAGCAUUCCAGCUGACAUCUCACGGAAUCCGCUACUCGGAGUUCGGCACACGUAGGCGGCGAUCCUACCAAACGCACCGCAUCGUGAUCCAAGGUCUCAUCUCUGGAGACUCUUCCGCCUCCUCCCCUACUGGAAAACUCCUAGGAACGUCCAACGUCCACUUCGCACACCUCUACAACCUCAUCCCCAUCGGGACCGUCGCACACGAAUGGACCAUGGCCAUCGCAGCACUCGAAGGCUACGCGCACUCGAACCUCAAAGCCCUUCAACUCUGGGACUCGGUCUACUCGCCACCGGACUUCGUACCCAACAGUCCCACGCACGACCUCACCAUCGCACUCACCGACACCUUCUCCACCGGCGUCUUCUGGAACGACCUGCUCGACAAUCCCUCCGGCAUCGAGAUCGCUCGUCGCUGGCGUGGGUUGCGACAGGAUUCCGGCGACAGCAAGGCCUUCGCCCAAAAGGCGCUCCAGGCGUAUGCGCAGAUCGGCGUCGAUCCGAGCACCAAAGUCGUCAUCUACUCCGACGGGCUCAAUGUGGAGAGGUGUUUGGAACUGGCAGCUUACUCGAAGCAGAUAGGCAUCGGUGCGGGGUUCGGUGUGGGGACGUCGUUCACGAACGACUUCAAGCAACGAGGCAGUGGGGAGAAGAGCAAACCGUUGAAUAUCGUCAUCAAGCUCGACUCGGUGGAAGACAGACCGGUGGUCAAGAUCAGCGAUGAGCUGACCAAGAACACGGGCGAUCCGGCCGAGGUACUGGCGGUCAAGAGGAGGUUUGGUAUUCCAACGGGGAACAACGUGGGUGGUGGUGUGGAUGUGAUCAAGGACUACAGCUCUGGUGGUGCCGGUCAGGAGAUCGAAGUGGAAGACGCUUAG